CAAGGUGCUUCUCAGCCCGAUGUGCCAUGUCUGAUACGAGCUGGGGAUGUCAGAGCGUGGAGGAAUGCGCUGUUCCCACCUGGGACCAUGCCACAGGCCAAUUGCUGGUCGCAGGUACCAUGUGGAGCUUGUUCGUGCUCUGCGGCAUUCUGUGGACAUGGCUAGCGCCUUUCAUCAAUUUCGACUUCCGCGGCACCUUUGGCCGCUACCAGCAUGGCCUGGCGUCCGCCGGCGUGGGGGCCGGGAUUUGCUUAACAGGCAUCUACAUUCUUCAGUGUAUCACCUUCAUGCACAGAUCCAUAGUGGGCUUUGUGGACCCCCUACUUCACGCCUUUGAGAUGCUUGGCACUCUCAUCUCACUCCUAGACGUGGGCGCACGGUGGGCAUACAUGUGCUGCGAUGGCUUCUGGCAGUUGAUGUUGCACAGCUUCAACGGGAACCUCUUCGUGGAUUGCGUGGUCAGCACCUCUACCGUGGGCCUAGGUAUCGUGGCAGGUCCGCCAGGAGAAGAAAAGCGGACGUGGUGGUCUCUAGCGUUUCUUGCCAGCAUCCAUGUCUUCCGUUGCCUCAAAUGCCUCGCCCGGGCGGACACCGGAAAGGGCGACGGCAACUCCAAGAGGCAGAUCCUCUACGCGAGUGUCAUGGUGUUCACCAGCGGGUUCCUGUUUGCGGCCAUCAUCAUGACGCUCGAGAUCCUGGGUCCACGACCAGGCUCGGAUGCUGAGGAUAAACUUCCAGGCUCGGAGGUUCCCUGGACGAUGUCAGACGGCCUGGCCUGGUCCUUGUCGCUCUUCACCUUCUUGGGGAACAGCGGCCGGAUGCCCAGCAGCAACUUUGGCCAGGUGGUGUGCCUGAUCGGCCUGGGCAUUGCCUCCUACCAGGUCGUGAGGAUAACGCCCGUGGCCAUCAGCGCAGUCACGGGCACCGGCAGCUUCGUUGGGCGCUACCCCAUCGAGAGCAGGCUGGGCAGACACCAGGAAGGUCACACCAUCAUCACUGGCAGCCCGACGGCCAGGACGGUUAUUGACUUCCUCUUUGAGUACUUCCACCCCAACCACUUUGCUGGCGGUCUAGACUUCGAACGCGAGGCGAAAGAUGUGGUCGUCUUUCUUGAUGAUGAACGCAUCCUUGCCCACCUGAGCAGGAUGCUGGACCUCAAAGAUGCAUCCAUGUUCCGAAGCAGAGUCUUCCUAAUCAAGGGCACGACCUUUCAGCCCUACGACUGCCGCCGCGCCGGCACAUCCUACGCGCACCGAGCCGUCAUCCUUCCGAACCUCCAGACCUGCGACGUAGACAGAGAUGACCAGACCAACAUCAUGCGCACCUACGCCAUUUGCGCGGCUGGGCCAAAUGUAAAAGCCACUUGCUUACUUCACAGCGCACAGCAUCAGGGCUCCGUGCUUUCGGGCUCCACCCCCAACAGCUACUUCGUGAGCGUGGAUGCCAUCAAGAUGGGGCUCAUGGGAAAGGCUUGCAUGUUCCCGGGCGCCAUCACGAUGAUUUGCAAUCUCUGCACCUCUGUGGGUGAGGGGACCGACAUGUACAGCGUUCGGCGGCACUGGCUUACUGACUACGAGAGCGGUCUCGACAUGGAGCUCUACGAGGUGCCGCUCUCCAUGGGAUACACGGGCUAUACAUUCCUCGAUGCCUUCGAGGACGUGGUGGCCAGAUCCAAGGGCAGCGUCAUGAUCAUCGGCAUCACGGAUAUUGGGCGCCUGAACUCACAGCGUGGAAGGAAGGAAGGUGAGCGAGAAAUCCUCAUCAACCCAGGCCCGGACUAUGAGCUGAAAGUGGUGGAAGGCCGCACUGCAGGGGUCUUCAUCGCAUCUGAGCUGGAGUCCAUCAAGCAGGUCUCACCUGGGGAGGAGCCCAAGAUCACGCGUGCGAAGAUGCCCAAGAAGUUGCCCAUCUUUGAGAAGACCAUGCAGAAGGCAGUGGCCGGGAAGAAGAGGACCAAGGAUGAUUCUUUGAGGCAGCUUGCAGAUACCACGCAGUCCGGCAACGCCAGCCCCGACGCGAAGAUCACUGAUGAGAAGGGUACGCUGGAACAGGCAAGAGAGAUGAAAAAAGACAUUGACAUGCAGUAUGAGCACAUUAUGCUGAUGCUCAAGAAGAAGCAGGGGUUGCCUCCGGAUUUGGUGGGUGGUGCCACGCACACGCCCGCCUUUCAGCGCAGAUUUGCCCGGAGCACCCUGUCGCAAGUCAGAGAGGAGGAUUCUGGAUCCGAGGAUGAGGAUGACAAGAGCUGGGUGCAGAAGAUAGCCGGGGAAGCUAUCGACAAGUAUGAGAAGAAAAAGCAGGAGCUCGAGAAGCUGGAAGCCCUGCUGGAACGCUGCCGUCGGGAUGCCAUGGGAGAGCGGAAACUGCCAAAAGCGCUGAUCAAUAGCGGAGGACACGUGCUGGUCCUUUUGGUGGGCGACACAGAAGUCAGCAGCGUCUCGGUUGGCAGCUCCAAGCUGAUCGGGGCCCCGGUGGGCAUCGACAACUUCAUGAAGGCGCUGCGUGACGACCGCUUGGAGUUGAACCAGGGCAGCCAGCCCACCGUGCUGUUCCUGGGGGAGCUGCAGCCCUCUGACUGGCACAAGAUUUGCCAUUUGGAACGCGUCUUCUACUUGGCGGGGUCCCCUUUGCGAACAGAAGACUUGUACAGGGCUGGCAUUAAGACGUGCUCUGCCGUGGUCGUUGCUCGGAUGCACAGCGGGGUCGUGGGGCAGAAGGUCAUGAAGAUUGCAGAUGCACGGGUGGUGCUGGCAGCAACCAUGGCGGCCUACAGCCUGCCCUCCGACAAGGUUCUUCCAAUCGUGACAGAUCAUGCUUAUGCCGGCAGCUGUGACCUACUUCCACCAGAGCGCGUGUUCAUCGAGGAGGGACCGCCGGUGAACACCUCCAUGGUGGGCCCACCGCCCCUCCUUCCGCAAGCGCUGACGGCUUUGCUGGGAGGUGCCAAGGCAUUGACGCGAUCGAUCGGUCUGGAUGGCAAGCCACCGCCAGUCAUCGAUGUAGCAAGUUUGGAUGGCGGCACGUUCAGCGAGAAAUACGAGGACAUGGAGACGCGCGACAUCAAGUACCACCCGCGUUACUUGAGGGGACAGGUCUUCUUUUCUGCAGCCGCGACGACCAUGGUGGCCAGCUCUAUGUACAAUCCAAACUUGAUCACCCUGAUCGACGCUCUCAUUGAGGCGCCGAUGUUCAUGAUUGAUGUGCCGAAGGUCUUCUACCAAUCACGGUACCAGGACCUGGCGAUUUGGCUGCUGAGGGAUCGUGGGCUCUUGGCCUUGGCUCUGUACCGGAGUGCGGAGGCCUCUCAGUCUGCCCACACCGGAGACUUUCUAGACCAAGCCACGCCAACCCACGACUUUGUGUAUACAUGUCCGGACGGCAGCAAGACUGUGGUGGUGAAAAGCGACCGCAUCAUCGUGACCUCCAUCGGCGUCGCCAUGACCAAACCCACGGAGAUGGGGACGCAAGGCAUGAAGAACAAGAUGAAGAAGGCCCUCGAAAACAUUUACGGCACCAUGGACGCUGCGGCCAAAGCAUGAGGACGUCAGUGUGAGUGUGGUGUUAAACCAACGCAAACUUGGCAAGACCUUGACAGAGCCCUCCGGGAGGGUUCCGGAGCAGGGAGGCUCGGACAUGGCGACGCUCCGUCAAGCAUGUCUAGCUUUCCCCUUUGCGUCCCAAACUGGGCAACUCCCUGUGUCUAUCCUCGAGUCUCCGCAGGACGGAGGAUCCCACUGUGUCACCCUUGAGACGCUGGAGGAGUGGCCAAAACCACGACCCC